AUGAGACAUCCUGCAGACGUAGAGUCCUGGAAGAGAUUUGAUGACGACCAUAGUUGGUUCUCACAGGAUGCUCGCAAUGUUAGGCUUGGUCUAGCAAGUGACGGUUUCAAUCCCUUUAACAAUAUGGCAAAACCAUAUAGCAUUUGGCCAAUAAUCCUGGUCCCGUAUAACUUGCCGCCGUGGUUGUGCAUGAAGGACCAAUUCUUCAUGACAUUCCUCAUUAUUCCUGGGCCAAAAUCUGCAGGUAAUGACAUUGAUGUUUACUUGCAACCAUUGGUCGAUGAACUGCUUGAAUUUUGGAAACAUGGGGUACCUACGUAUGAUGCCUCCACGAAGGAAAUGUUUAUGUUGCAUGCUGCUUUAAUGUGGACAAUCAAUGACUUAUCAGCAUAUGCGAUUCUUACUGGGUGGUCAACAAAAGGAAAAUUGGCUUGUCCAUCUUGUAAUGAGGGCACAGACUCCAAUUGGUUGAAACCAUCAAGGGUUGUAGAAGGCUCUGAUAUUUUGGGUCAACUGCUGAUGCUUGGGGAUGUGCAAUUUGGUAAAUCUCAUCAAAAGAGAAAACGCACUGUUGAAGAGCUGAAUUGGACCAAAAAUAGUAUUUUCUUCAAGCUACCGUAUUGGGUAACCCUGCGUCUUCGACAUAAUUUAGAUGUCAUGCAUAUUGAAAAGAAUAUUUUUGAUAACAUAUUGUGCACAUUAAUGAACAUUCCUGGUAAAACUAAAUAUAAUAUUAAUUCUCGACGUGACUUGGAGAUUUUGGGAUUCAGAAAAGAAUUGCAUUUGAAGUAUGACGGUGAACGUGUUACAAUGCCACAAGCAUUGUACACAUUACACGGUGAUGAAAAGAAAAAAUUCUGUGAAUGGCUGGUCGAUGUGAAAUUUCCAGAUGGCUUCGCUUCGAACAUCUCGCAUUGUGUAUCUGUACGAGAUUGUAGAAUCUCAGGGUUGAAAAGCCAUGACUGUCAUGUUUUCAUGCAAAGACUACUUCCUAUUGCUGUUGGGGGGUUUUUUAGAAAUGAUAUUGCAUUGGCCGUGAUUGAGCUGUGCAGUUUCUUCAAGGGGUUGUGUGCCCGAACCCUGGAUGUUAAUCAAAUAUCCCAGUUUGAAACUGAUAUUGCCACAAUUCUAUGCAAGUUGGAGAUGAUAUUUCCCCCAUCUUUUUUCGAUAUCAUGGUUCACCUAGCUGUCCAUUUACCUCGCGAGGCCAUACUUGGGGAUGUUGAGACGAAGUUUACUCGAGUGGACCGCAACAUUGAUGGUGAAUCGGAGGAUAUAGAUGGAAUCAAAAUUUUCAACCAAAAACUGAGACCCAUUGGUACUGCUUCCAACAGGCAAUUAUCAGAUAAACUCCUUACGGAAGCAACAUGGUACGUCCUCAACAACUGCGCUGAGAUUGGACCCUACCUAGAGGAGCAUUAUGAGAAGUGUAAGGUGGACAGCCCAAAUUUUAUUGAUCGAACACAUCAAUCUGAAUUUCCAAUGUGGUUGAAGAAACGUGUUAUGGACCAGCGUAUCAACAACCCACUUAAUGUGACCGAUGAUCUAUAUGCAUUAGCUUGCAGUCCUGAAUGGUGGGUUGCAUUCUAUACUGCUUGCAUUAUAAAUGACUUCUACGGUGUUAUAAAUGAGAUCGUGGAGUUACACUAUAUGGGUUGGCGUCGGGUGUACUUGUUCAUGUGUGAUUGGUUUGAUGUUGGUGAUCCAAGACGAGGGGUACGAGUUGAUAACCAUAUGACCAGUAUCAACAUGGAUAGGACUUGGUAUAAGGAUGAACCGUUUGUGUUGGCAUGCCAGGCUUCCCAGUGUUUUUACGUCAGAGAUAUAAGGGCAAAAGGGCGAUGGUUUGUGGUGCAAACGUACACGAAUAGGAAUGUAUAUGACAUUCCAUCGGUGCCAACGGUGUUAGAAGAUAUUGAUGGCUCAUCAAGUGAUGAUGAUGCAUAUCUAGAAACUGAGAAGUCAUAUGAUUAUGCACCAUUGUAG